AUGGGGAUGGAUGUCUCCAACUCCGAUCUUCGGGAUGUUGGUCAAGGGAAGGUCAAUGUCAAUGUAGAACGCCACAGAUCGAACAGAGAGAAACGGCGCCCACAAUUGGACUCAGCGCAGGCUGAACGUACAGCCAGGCUCACCGGCCUGUUGUUCGCCAUGUGCACACAAGUGCCAGAUGUAGUGCAAACGGCAAAUGCCAAGAACGAGCUAGCCACCACUUCACUCAACGAAUGGGAUCACUUCUGGAAGCCGCUUCUGUGUGUACUGUGUGAGUUCUGCUGCCAUCCCGCCAGAGAGGUACGAACGAAUGCCGUGACUCAGCUACAAAGGGCGCUAUGCAUCCCAGCACUCACCACCAUGACG